GCUACAGGUUGCGUACGUGUGUGUAUACUAGUACUGUACAGGUUGUUGAUCAAUCUAAGAUGGCUAGUGCCCAGCCGUCGGCGUCAGGUUCUGGUCUAAGUUGUGGACGCACUGGAGAGGUGUGUAAGUUCCAUGUUCAGAUGCCGCCGAUUAUCGACGAGAAGAAAGGAAAGCUGACGAUGGCAAUAUCUGGGCCUUCAAAGGUUGUUCUCGAAAGUCAGCACAAACCAGAUGGCUUUGUUGUAACUUACGUGCCGCUGGAGGAAGGCGACUAUCAGCUAAUUAUCAAAUGUGAUGGCAUGCACAUCCCAGGUUCGCCGUUCUCUGUUGCCGUUACAAAGAACCCAGGCUUUGUGCCUGCUAGCUUUCCUGCCAAAUGCAAGGCUACAGGUCCGGGUCUAAGCAAAGGAAUCGCUCUGAAGCCGUGUUACUUCUCGGUGGAUACAUCUAACGGCGGCCAUGGUCCGUUGUCGUUCAGUAUCCAAGGAGCAUCACAGUGUGAUAUUGGUCCUAGCAAGCGUGACAAAACAGGGUUUGAUUAUGAAUUUCUGCCCAAAGCACCAGGGGAUUACAAUCUUCAUGUUCUUUGGGGUGGAAAAGAUAUACCAGGAUCUCCAUUUAAAGUAGCUGUUGCUCAUAAUACUGGUCACAAGGGUCCAUAUGGUGAACCAGAGAAAGUGAAGGUGCAUGGCCCUGGCAUUUUGAAAGGAUCCGUCGGAAAGAGCAGUGAAUUUUUUGUUGACAUAAAAGAAGCUGGUCCUGGCACAGUUGGUGUAUCCAUGAAAGGACCGAGUAAAGCAGAGAUCUCAUUCAGCAAGGGUGGUGAUAAUGUAACGAAGGUUGAGUACGUUUGUCCUGAACAAGGAGAGUAUGAAAUCAUUGUGAAGUUUUCUGGUGUUGAAGUUCCAGGCAGUCCUUUUCCUAUCGAAGCUUCUUGACAGUUUUUAGAAUAGAUUUGGUGUGAUUUCACUAUAUAGUAACUCUCGGAGGCCUCAUUUGAAAGGAGCUUGUGAGUUUGAAUAUGAUGAACUAUGAAUAAUGAUGCUUUUGCGGAUUUACUUGAAUAAUGGUUCAUAUGAAGAGAAUACUGUGAAUUGAAA